CUCUGAUGCAGGCGCUUUACGUAACCAACGGCUCUGCGUAGGAAGAGUCAUCAGCAUUGCAGCUCCAUACAGCGGCUGUAGCUCAGUGACUACACAGCCUCUUACUUCUCCUCUAUCAGACGUUGGAGGAAAGGGAAAAGACCACAAUGGCAGCAGCAUGCUCUUCCCUGGACCCCGACCUAAUGAGGGAGGUUCUCGAAUGCCCUAUCUGCCUGGAAACUUACAACCAGGAUCAACUCAGACCCAAACUCCUGCAGUGUGGGCAUACUGUGUGUCGACUUUGUCUGGAGAAACUGUUGGCUAAUACCAUCAAUGGUGUCCGCUGCCCCUUCUGCAGCAAGGUCUCCAGGAUGAGCAGCAUCUCCCAGCUGGCAGAUAAUCUUACAGUACUGAAAAUUAUAGAUUGCACUUUGACCUGCACUGCUGCCGCCGCUGCGCUAAUGUGCAAGUCCUGCGGCAACCGGCUACCGAGACAGUUCUGCUAUGACUGCACCACAGUUCUCUGUGAGGUCUGUAAAGCGGAUGGCCACCUGCACGAAGGCCAUUCAGUUCAGCCGAUAAAAGUGGCAGCUGAGCAGCGCCGUAAAGAACUGGGCGGUAGACUGGCUGCCCUCCGUGACGUCAUGGGCAAUAUUCAGAAGAAGAAGACAACACUUGAAAACAUUUCCAAGAGCUUGAGACAAAAGUACCGGGCGGUUCAGCAAGAGUAUUCUACGGCAGAGCUUCAUCUUCAGGAAGAGCUCAGCAAAUCUCGAAGGACAUUCACAGCCUCUUUGGGAGAAGUGGAAAAACUCAAUGCACAGGUUCUUGAGGAGCAGACAUAUCUUCUUAACCUCGCAGAGGUAAAAGUGGUUUCACGUUGCGAUUAUCUGACUGUACGGGUAAGACAGAGUGACAUCGCCUUAUUAAAGGAUGAUGGCGCAGGAAGUGAUGAUGAAGAGCUGGACCUCAGAAGCAGUUUACCCACACAGUUCCAGCUACAAGAGCCAACACUGGCCAGAGCAGAACACUCUAAUCCCAUAGAAGUGGGCUGUUUGACCACAAACACUUACACAGUCAAUACAGAUGAUGAGAAAGGUGGGUUAGAAACAAUUUUAGAGUUUAAAGCAGAGGAUGUGACCUCUGGCGCUAUAGGUGGGUCUGUAAUGGUUCCAAGGGAUCUUUACCGUGAUGUUGACAUGGUUUCAGCUGUAGAUGAGACGGUAUGUGGUUCACCAAGUAGUUUUAAGUCAAAGUCCAUGGACGCAGGUGGGGAAUCUGCGGGGGCUAGUUCCAGGCCACCAGUAUGCCAGUUUGUAAAGAAGAUGGGCUGUAAAGGAGCGCUGCCUGGAAUGUUUAAUUUACCCGUUAGCAUUUGUGUUUCACCACAAGGUGAUAUACUGGUGGCCGAUCGAGGGAACUGCCGUGUCCAGAUUUUCAAUCGUAAAGGUGUCCCGCGCGAAAUCCGACGCAAUGCAAGCAUCGACAACUUUGUUCUGAGCUUCUUUGGUGCCGACCUGCCUAACCUUAUCCCCUUAUCCAUAGCUGUGACUCCUCAAGGCCUGAUUGGUGUUACCGACAACUAUGAUAAUUCAGUUAAAGUCUACACCAUGGAUGGGCAUUAUGUGGCCUGCCAUAAAAACCAGCUGAUUAAGCCUUGGGGAAUUACUGCCAUGCCAUCAGGCCAGUUUGUGGUGUCAGACGUGGAAGGGGGGAAGCUGUGGUGCCUUGCAGUGGACCGCAGUGUAGGUGUAGUCAGCUAUAACCGAUUGUGCUCUGCAGUCCGGCCAAAGUUUGUGACAUGUGAUGCAGCAGGAACCGUGUACUUUACCCAAGGCCUGGCCCUGAACUUCGAAAAGCGCCAGAACGAGCCCCACUUCGAAGGGGGCUUCUCCAUUGGCUCAGUGGGUACCGAUGGCCAGCUGGGGAAGCAGCUCAGCCACUUUUUCUCCGAAACAGAGGACUUCCGCUGCAUCACUGGCAUGUGUGUGGAUGCCAACGGUGAUUUGCUGGUCACAGACAGUGGCAGGAAAGAAAUUCUUCAGUUUCCCAAAGAAGGAGGAUUUAACAUUCUGAUCCAAGAAGGACUGACCUGUCCCGUGGGAGUGGCCACCACCCAGAAAGGACAGCUGCUAGUGCUUGAUUGUUGGGACCACUGUGUCAAAGUCUUUACAUACGUUCAAAGGAGGCAUUCUUCAACUUCCUAGAAACACUUUUUCUCCCUGUGAACUUAAGAGAUUUAGUGGGUAUGUGUGGCUGGUCUGGUUGAAGUUUGAGAAGAGAUAACACUAUUAACUAGUCUCUGUAGUGUAGCUGCAGCAAAGACUAUUUUCUUUCCCAGCUUGGUUCCCAGGUGGCUUAUUGUAUUUAUCACUAUAGCAAGUUGUCUAAGUAGAUCAUGAAAAACAAGCCAUUGGUGUUUAAGCUAUGAAGCACAAAGAGCCGACAUUUCCUUCUAUAUUAGCCUUGGUGUCCCCAUUCAAGCAUGACUGUGUGACUUACUGCAGUUUGACUGAGAAAGAUUUGUCAGAGGGGUAGAAAAUAUUUUCAGAUUUACAUAUGAAAUAAAUAAAACCAAGGCUGUUGGCCUGCAAUGCACUUUAUUACUGACUUGUCACUAUGUCCCGUUAUUUGGUUUUAGUAGCACACUAACAAUAUUUCUACUGAAUGCAGCUGGCAGCUUUAAAAUUUACUUGACCUGUCUCUAAUGGCAAAAAGUAACUAAGAAUCAGCUUUCAUUCUGUAAUAUUCAGGGGAAAUUAAAUGUUAAAUAUUUACUUCUUAUAGAAAAGAGUAUUUAAACAUAAAAUCAUAACCUGAUGUGGUGUGGAGUUAGAGGUACAUCUCCAGAAAUAAAAAAAAAAAAUAAAUAAAUAAAAAAAAAGGGAAUAUUGUGUAAAAGUUCAGUAUAUUUUGUCAUUCCUUUCAGAAAUUGGAACUCAUAUAUGACAUAGAAUAAUAAAGUGAAAAUGUCAAGCCUUUGUUUAUUGCCGUGUCAAUCAUUAUGACUUAUAGAUUAAAUAAAAACGGAAUAUUUAAAACAGAAAUAUCAGGCUUCUGAAAAGUGUUCAAUGCUCUCAAUACCUGGCUGAGCCUCCUUUUGCAUGAAUAACUGCAGUAAUGCAACGUGGCAUGGAGGCAAUUAGCCUGUGGCUUUGCUGAUUUGUAAUUAAAGCCCAAGGUGCUAUGACAGCUGCCUUCAGGUCAUCUGCCUUGUUGGGUCUGACGUCUCAUCUUCCUCUUGCCUACAACCCAUUGAUUCUCUGUGAGAUUCAGUUCAGGCCAGAUUGCUGGUGCUACCCUAAGUGUGGACGUGUGCUUAGAAAUGGAGUGGGUUCAGUAUAGCACUUGUCUGUAAGUGGCUCUUGAUGCACCGACUCCAGCCUCAAUCCACCCUACGUGAAGCUUCCUCAAUUGUUUAAUGCAUUUUGCUUGACAAUCCUUUUAAGGCUGUGGUUCUCCUUGUUGCACCUUUUCCAGCCACACCUUUUUCCUUUAACUUUGUACAAGUACAUACUUGGAUACACACUCUUUAAAAUGGCCUUUUUGUGACUUGCCUCACUGUGAAGGGUGUCAGUGAUUGUCUUCUGGACAUAUGUCAAAUCACCAUUCUUCCCCAUGAAUGUGUGGCCCACUGACUCGGACAAAGAGACCAUUUAGAGCUUAAGGAAAGGAAACCUUUGCAGGUGUUUUGAAUUAAUCAGCUGAUUAAGGUGUGAUAAUAGUUGCCAAUAUUUAACUCUACUACUAUAUUGGCAUUUUUUGAAACACUCAAAUUUGAGUUUUCAUUAUUUGUAAGCCAUUAACAAAAUUAAAGAAAUAAGGGCUUGAGAUAUUACUAUGUGUAAAAAAUCUAUAUAAUAUAGGACAAUCACUUUCUGAAAUGAAUGACAAAAAAUAUUAAACCUUUUCUACAAUAUUCAUAUUGUCUUAGAUGUACCUGUUUAAGAUUCAUUCAAGUGACAUUUUAGAAUUUCUCUUUUGAUUUAAAUUACUUUUACAUUAUAAAUCAUAUUUAUUUUCUUGAAUAUACAAUGCUGCAAUCAAAGUCCAUCUACCUUGCUCCAAAUUUGAGUCAAUUCAUGGUUUAUUGCCUGGGUCAGACCUCUUCAUCUCCAUUUGAUUCCACCAGCAUAGUGCCAGUUUUCUCAAGGUUGAUAGAUCUGUGUGUGUAAUAACCAGAGAAGAAAUGUUCUUAUAUUCCAAAUGAGCUGUGAUGAUUUGAGUGAUGGAAACUAAAAUAGGGCAUACACCUUUCCAUGUCUCAAAAUAUUGAAAAAAAAUGUGCUAAAUGCUGCCAUUUCAGUCCUUUUUGAGACAUUUUUAUAUGUAGAAGUCUGCUAGUAAAAACACAGACAAAAAGACUGUUUUUUUUUGUUUGUUUUUUUUAAAACAUGCAUUAAGCACGUUGGUGCAAUUUGCAAAGGGUGUGUGUCCAUUCUAGUUGGAUCACAUGCAAUGUGAUCUUCCAUUCACUAACUCGGUCUCAUUGCCAUAUUAGAAUGAAAACGUGCAGUGCAUCUGGGGAGGUUGAUAAUUAGAAAUGCUUUCAAAAAUUCAUGACUUGUUAGAAGACUAGAGUAAUCAUCUUGGGUGAAUUUUCUUUUUGACAAGACUCUGGAAGUGUUUGGGAUUUCUAGUGAAUGUGUUGAUCAACUUUUAAUGGUUUUUAUUCUAUUAGGAAUGAAAUAAUGCAUACAAUACAGUUUUGCAGGAAGUGAACACAAAAAUGAAAGUAUCCGAAGUGCUACACUGUCAAGUACCUUUUUGUGAGAAUUGUAACAGGAAAGAAAUGCUUCCAAUAUUUGAAGCCAAGGUCAGGUUAAUGAUAAACUUGUAGAGUACUUUUUAAAAAAAUAACAGUUUAAUAUUUGUUUUUGCUUUUUAGCUUUUAGUGUGAAAUUGGCAGUGGAAUGAAUUAAAGUUUCAAUACGGUUAUGGAGAAGCCAGAGUUGCAUCUGUGAAGGAAAUCAUUAAAACUUGGUUAACAUGCCUAAAAAGAACAACAACAAAAAACAUCCAAAACAUUUUGUUUUGUUGAAGAGAAAAAAAAUGUCAUAAAGCCUUGAGAGCAAUAUAAUUAGCAAUACGGGUAAUUUAUGCACUCAGUUGUUCUUUGAGGCAUUACCCAGCACAGUUGUAGUGUUACCAUAUCAUACCCAAUGAAUAUGGAAAGUCCUCAUGCCUAAGAUUUUUGUUCUUCCCAUGUAAAAUACUCAAACCUGGGUUCAUGUUUGUGAUUUGUGCUCCGCUU